AACAAGGAACUUUAGCCAUUUAAGAUAUUUAUGCUGCAAUGCAAAGUUAUAGUGAGAAAGUAAAAAUUGUAAGAAAAGCAAAUUUCGCGAGCCGACAACUGGUGGCUACCGCAGAUCUCUUGCCAGGCGAUGUUAUCUUGGAAGAGCAACCCCUGCUGGUGGCACCUCAUUGGGAGUGUGAGCAAAUGAAGUGCAGCCAAUGUAUGCUGGAUUCGUUUGUGAUGUGCAAGAAAUGCGAAUUCUUUCCGCUAUGUAUCGAUUGCGCCAACCAUAACUCCUACGACUGUGAUUUCUUCUGCAACACGGGAGCUGGCGCUAAGAUUUCCAAAAAUCUUCUCGUCGAGAAUUAUGCCAUUUAUGGAGUACUCAAAUUACUCUUACUCAUGGAAAAUCCAACCAGUGGUGAACAGUGCGCUGCUUUGAGUGCUACGCCGGGCGCUGCCGUUGUUGAUAGUGAUGCUUGGCAGGAGCGUGAGGUGCACAUUGUAAAUCCUCUACUACAGUCGGGCAUAGCACAAGCCUUCAAGCAGGUCAAGGUCACACACGAGCUGCUCCACACACUUUGUUGGCGUAUCGAUGCCAACGCUUUCGAAGUGGCCGCAAGCGAUGGCAACACGUUGAAGGGCGUGUAUGUGUGUUGCGCACAACUGCCACAUAAUUGUGUGCCCAAUACCGUGGUCACCAUCGAUGAAGAGUUCCACCUGAAACUGUAUGCUUCGGUGCGCAUACGUGCCGGCGACAUCAUCUACAAUUCAUAUACGAAUCCACUAAUGGGCACCAGCCAACGCCAACAUGAGCUGCGUCUGACGAAGGGCAUUGAAUGCACGUGUGCGCGUUGUAGUGAUCCACUUGAGCUUGGUACGCACAUGAGUUCUCUGAAGUGUCAGCAAUGUGCUACCGGCUUCGUGGUUUGCACUGGGCCUAUACGUGAUGGCAAGCGCAGCGGUGAGUGGAAGUGCACUAGCUGUGGCGCCACUAUGGACACGGCGAUGGUGAAAGAGUUGCUGGUAGAUGUUGGCGAAGCGUUACUAGAGACCAACAGUGAGUUGUUAGCGUACGAGUCUUUGCUGGAUAAAUAUGGUGGACGCUUUCAUCAAAAUCAUUUUGUUUUGGUGGAGAUCAAACAGAAUAUUGCAGCCAUAUUGCGCGCUAUACUCAUGAACCCGAUGUGUGUGCCUGGCCAGGAUUUGUUAGAACGAAAGUUGCAGUUGUGCGAGGAAUUGAUGCCAUUGGUGCGCACAGUGUUGCCAGGUAUAUCGAAAUUGUAUGGCAUUGCGUUGUAUGAGUACCUGCUCUCCUAUAUGGAAUUGGCCGAGUUGAUGUACGAGGACAAGGAAGCGGGGAAUGCGGCGUUGAUUUUUCAGGAAAAGUUGGAGAAUGCGCGGGAUAUUGCCGCUAAGGCCAAAGAGAUGUUACGAUUCGAGCCGAGCAAUUCACCGGAGGGUCAUUUGGUGAGUCGCAUUGCAAUGGAGCAGAAACGUAUUGAGGAGAAUUUAGGACAAUUGAAUUCGAAACGUAACGGUGUAUAGUGUUGUGUAAAGUAUGUGAAAAAAAUGUGUGAAUUUGCUUGAACGGAUAUUAAAUUAAA